UGUUUGAGUGUGACAGCAGACACAGAGGACUGAUGAAGAAUGAUGAAGAAGUAGACCUGACACAGACCUGGUUCAGACAGCACAGAGCUGCAGAGUGAUACAACUCAUGAGAAGUGGCUGCAGGUUACCACCAACAUGGAAAGUGUUGAGAAAAAGAAAGAAAAGUCUCCUGUACCCAGCUGUGUGUCCAUGAAGAGUGAUCAGUCUAAGGGUGGUUUCAUUAACUUCAAAGAUCGACGUUCUUCUUUUGACCCAGUUGUUGAGAAAAAGGAAGAAAAGUCUGCUGUACCCAGCUGUGUGUCCAUGAAGAGUGAUCAGUCUAAGGGUGGUUUCAUUAACUUCAAAGAUGGAUGUCCUUCUUUUGACCCAGUAGUGGACCAGGAGAGCUCAGAGGUUCCCAGUAGUCAGUCUGCCCAGCGACACCAAACAAACCUGGACUCCAUAUUUAUGCUGCUGGAGGAGGACAUAAUCACUUUUGUGAAGAACGAGCUGAAGAAGGUCCAGAAGGUUCUGAGUCCAGAUUACCCAGAAUGCUUAGAGAGUCAGAGGGAGGAUGAGGAGAUGUUGGACGGUGAGGAUGAAGAGCAGAAGAGGAGCAGCAGAGAGGCAUUUCUGAAGAUCACACUGCACUUCCUGAGGAGAAUGAAGCAGGAGGAGAUGGCUGACUGUCUGCAGAACAGAACUUGUGCUGCAGUGUGCCGACGUAAAGUUAAAUCUAACCUGCAGAAGAAGUUCCAGUGUGUGUUUGAAGGGAUUGCUAAAGCAGGAAACCCAACCCUUCUGAAUCAGAUGUUCACAGAGAUCUACAUCAUAAAGGGAGGGACUGCAGAGGUCAAUUAUGAACAUGAGGUCAGACAGAUUGAAACAGCAUCCAGGAAACCAGCCACACCAGAAACAACAAUCAAACAAGAAGACAUCUUUAAAACACCACCAGGAAGAGAUGAACCAAUCAGAACAGUGAUGACAACGGGAGUGGCUGGCAUCGGGAAAACAGUCUUAACACAGAAGUUCACUCUGGACUGGGCUGAAGGCAAAGCCAACCAGGACAUCCAGUUCACAUUUCCAUUCACUUUCAGAGAGCUGAACAUGCUGAAAGAGAAAAACUACAGCUUGGUGGAACUUGUUCAUUACUUCUUUAGUGAAACCAAAGAAGCAGGAAUCUGCAGGUUUGAAGAGUUCCCGGUUGUGUUCAUCUUUGACGGUCUGGAUGAGUGUCGACUUCCUCUGGACUUCCAGAACACUGAGAUCCUGACCGAUGUUACAGAGUCCACCUCAGUGGGUGUGCUGCUGACAAACCUCAUCAGGGGGAAACUGCUUCCCUCUGCUCGCCUCUGGAUAACCACACGACCUGCAGCAGCCAAUCAGAUCCCUGCUGAGUGUGUUGACAUGGUGACAGAGAUCAGAGGGUUCACUGACCCACAGAAGGAGGAGUACUUCAGGAAGAGAUUCAGAGAUGAGGAGCAGGCCAGCAGAAUCAUCUCCCACAUCAAGACAUCACGAAGCCUCCACAUCAUGUGUCACAUCCCAGUCUUCUGCUGGAUCACUGCUACAGUUCUGGAGGAUGUGUUGAAGACCAGAGAGGGAGGAGAGCUGCCCAAGACCCUGACUGAGAUGUACAUCCACUUCCUGGUGGUUCAGUCCAAAGUGAAGAACAUGAAGUAUGAUGGAGGAGCUGAGACAGAUCCAAAUUGGAGUCCAGAGAGCAGGAAGAUGAUCGAGUCUCUGGGAAAACUGGCUUUUGAGCAGCUGCAGAAAGGCAACCUGAUUUUCUAUGAAUCAGACCUGAAAGAGUGUGGCAUCGAUAUCAGAGCAGCCUCAGUGUACUCAGGAGUGUUCACACAGAUCUUUAAAGAGGAGAAAGGACUGUACCAGGAGAAAGUAUUCUGCUUUGUCCAUCUGAGUGUUCAGGAGUUUCUGGCUGCUCUUCAUGUCCAUCAGACAUUCAUCAACUCUGGAUUCAACCUGCUGGAAGAAGAACAAACAUCAACAUGUAUCUACCAGAGGGCUGUGGACAAGGCCUUAGAGAGUCUAAAUGGACACCUGGACUUGUUCCUGCGCUUCCUGCUGGGCCUUUCACUACAGACCAAUCAGAAUCUCCUACAAGGCCUACUGACACAGACAGGAAGUAACUCAGAGACAAAUCAGAAAACAGUUGAGUACAUCAAAAAGAAGAUCAGUGAGAAUCUGUCUGCAGAGAAAAGCAUCAAUCUGUUCCACUGUCUGAAUGAACUGAAUGAUUGUUCUCUAGUGGAGGAGAUCCAACAGUACCUGAGUUCAGGAAGUCUCUCCAGAUAUAAACUGUCUCCUGCUCAGUGGUCAGCUCUGGUCUUCAUCUUACUGUCAUCAGAAAAAGAUCUGGACGUCUUUGACCUGAAGACAUACUCUGCUUCAGAGGAGGCUCUUCUGAGGCUCCUGCCAGUGGUCAAAGCCUCCAACAAAGCUCUGCUGAGUGACUGUAACCUGUCAGAGAGAAGCUGUGAAGCUCUGUCCUCAGUUCUCAGCUCCCAGUCCUCUAGUCUGAGAGAGCUGGACCUGAGUAACAACAACCUGCAGGAUUCAGGAGUGAAGCUGGUUUCCGCUGGACUGAAGAGUCCACACUGCAGACUGGAAACUCUCAGGCUGAGUGGCUGUAACCUGUCAGAGAGAAGCUGUAAAGAUCUGUCCUCAGUUCUCAGCUCCCAGUCCUCUAGUCUGAGAGAGCUGGACCUGAGUAACAACAACCUGCAGGAUUCAGGAGUGAAGCUGGUUUCUGCUGGACUGAAGAGUCCACACUGCAGAUUGGAAACUCUCAGAAGAAGCUGCACUUCUCUGGCCUCAGCUCUGAGCUCCAACCCCUCCCAUCUGAGAGUGCUGGACCUGAGCUACAAUCAUCCAGGAGACUCAGGAGUGAAGCUGCUGUCGGCUGGACUUAAGGAUCAAAACGGGAGACUGGACACUCUCAGGCUGAGUGGCUGUAAUCUGUCAGAGAGAAGCUGUGAAGCUCUGUCCUCAGUUCUCAGCUCCCAGUCCUCAAGUCUGAGAGAGUUGGACCUGAGUAACAAUGAGCUGCAGGAUUCAGGAGUGAAGCUGAUUUCUGCUGGACUGGAGAGUCUACACUGCAGACUGGAAACUCUCAGUCUGUGAAGCUGUCUGAUCUCAGAGGGAGGCUGCACUUUUCUGGCCUCAGCUCUGAGCUCCAACCCCUCCUAUCUGAGAGUGCUGGACCUGAGCUACAACCAUCCAGGAGACUCAGGAGUAAAGCUGCUGUCAGCAGGACUUAAGGAUCCAAACUGGAGACUAGACACUCUCAGGGUGGACCAUGGUGGAUUGCAGAGACUGAGACCUGGUGUGAGGAAGUAUGCCUGUGAACUGGAGGUGGACACAAACACAGUACGAAAACUUAAACUGUCUGACAAAAACAGGGAAGGCCUGAGAGUCUCUCCUGUGGACUGA